AUGGGGGAAAAUUCGUUGGAAAAAAAAUCAGGUUGUGGGAUAUUGAAUGCUGUAUUUUGGAAGCGUAAUUUUUGGCUUAGAAAGUCUACUUCUACAGGUUCAUUGCCUAUCAAAGACAAAACAAAUGUUAAAACAGCAAAUUCAAACACAAAAAGACGGCUGGGUGGUUCCAAUGAGGCUUCCUUUUCGGCGAAUCCGCCAAAACCCUGCACGAAACCGUCUCCAAAUCAUCCUAAGCUCCCUGGGGUACAUCAACAAAACCAGGUUCGGAAACCUCCUGAUGAAGCAACCAGAACAACCCCUAACCAGGGAUAUGUCAACCAUGGUAGAAUGGUGCCUAAAGAAGCAGUCAGUAUCUCUGGUGAGCUCGAAAGCAUGAUAGUCGAUCAUCAAAAAACAAAAGGAAACAGCAAUCUUGUUCGAGCGUCAUCGAGUAAUAUGAUGCUUUAUGGCAAUUUAGGCAACUUGAUGAGGCAACCUGGAGGAGGAGGAGGAGGAGGAGGAAACACAAAUUCAUAUAACUUUUUUGACCAACUCCCUAUGACAGCAAGAGAGGCAGCCUCAACGCCUAAUGGGAAAUAUCCGAACAGUGUAAUGGGAAAUGUGGUGAAGAAACCGGUUGAGGAAAAGCGUAUGGAAGAGCAACCAGUUUCUCUAUGCAGAGCUCUUUCUACAAGAAUGGACCCUGAAACGUUGAAAAUUAUGGGCAAUGAAGAUUAUAAGAAUGGCAAUUUUGCGAAAGCCUUGGCUUUGUAUGAAGCGGCCAUCGCCAUUGAUCCAAAUAAGGCUUCAUACCGAAGCAACAAAAGUGCAGCCUUAGCAGCUUUAGGCAGGAUUGUUGAGGCAGUUUUUGAGUGCAGAGAAGCCAUUCGAAUUGAACCUCAUUAUCACAGAGCUCACCAUCGUUUAGCAAACUUAUAUCUCAGAUUAGGGGAAGUGGAAAAGGCAAUAUAUCACUACAAGCAUGCAAGCCUUAAGGCUGACCGUGAUGACAUUGCUAAAGCUAAAACUCUUCAGACACAUUUAAACAAAUGUACUGAAGCUAAAAGGCUACGAGAUUGGAACACCCUGCUCAAAGAAACAGAUUCAACCAUUAAUGCGGGUGCAGAUUCCGCUCCACAGAUAUAUGCAUUGAAAGCUGAGGCCUUGUUGAAGCUCCACAGACACCAAGAGGCCGAUGAGGCAUUAUUGCAAAGUCCAAAUUUCGAUGGUGAUUACUGCAAUAAGUACUUUGGCCCAAUCGGUAACGCGAAUUUGCUAGUUGUUCGAGCUCAGGUGGACAUGGCUGCCGGCAGAUUUGAUGAUGCAUUGGCGGCGAUUCAGCGAGCUGUUAGGCUUGACUCGAACAGUAAAGAAGCAAAUUGUGUAAUGAGGAAAGCUAGAGCAGUGGCAGCAGCUCGAUCAAAUGGCAACGAGCAUUUCAAGGGAUCAAAAUUCUCCGAAGCAUGUGUUGCAUACGGCGAGGGGCUUGAUCAUGACCCACACAACUCCGUCUUGUUGUGCAACCGAGCAGCUUGUCGAUCCAAGCUUGGCCACUUCGAAAAGGCAAUAGAGGACUGCACCCAUGCCCUUAACGUGCGCCCUGGCUACAGCAAGGCUAGACUAAGAAGAGCUGAUUGCAAUUCCAAGUUGGGGAAAUGGGAAGCUUCGAUACAAGACUACAAGAUCUUGCAAAGGCAAACACCCGACAACGAGGAGGUGAAACGGGGCUUGUCCCAUGCUCAAAUGCAACUCAGGAAACAACAUGCUGCAUGGUGA